AUGGCGGACAGGAGAGCGGAAAAAUCAUGUGAAGAAGCCAGCAGAUCGUUAGUCAGGCGGGAGUAUGAGGCGGUAGUCAGUCACAGCACGGACACCUUGGCGGUCCUUGCACCCCAAGUCCAAUCCACUGGCACCGCCCUCUCGCCAAGCCAGCCUUCCGAAAGCCUCCGCAGUCGUGCCCUGCUUUACCGUAUUGCUGCCUUUCUUCAGUUGAAAAAAUAUGAUGAAGCAGAUCAUGACUGCAAACAUGUCCUGGCAGAAGAUAGGACUAGUGGAGACGGUUUGCUCCAAUCCAGCUUUCGCUCCAUGCAGCUGGAUGGCAGCCUGCAGGAGGUGGCCAGCAUCCUCUCCAAAGCCUUGUUUGGAGAACCCAUGAAUGGCAUUGUUACAAAAGACAUAUCCAGACUAAAGAUACUGUUUUCAGAAAUAGAGGCUCUAAAGAAGAGUGAGAUGGCACCAGAAUACACAGAUGACCAGGAGGAGGAGGUCCAAGAUGGCUGGCAGUUCAGGCCCCCCCCUCGUGGAGUCACCAGCAGUGAGGAGUACACCCUCUGUAAAAGGUACUUAGAACAGGGUCUGUGUCGGUACGGGGCACAGUGCACGUCAGCCCACUCCCAGGAGGAGCUGAUGGAAUGGCAGAAACGCUACGCAUCACGCCUCAUCCGUCUCAAGCAACAGCAGGAGAGCAAACACUUUACUGAAAAUUACAUGGAGACACUAAUAGAGAAGUGGAUGAACUCGCUGUCCCCAGAGAAAGUGCUUAGUGACUGUUUAGAAGGAGUCAGUGUUGAAACCAGUUCAAGCCUUUCUCUUACCGUCACCACCAAAAAAUCCUUCCACUCGUGGACCUUUUCAUUGGUCUGCAAGCCUCCCAGGAAACUGUAUCGCAUAGCACUGCUCUACGAUGCCCACAGACCACACUUUUCCAUCAAGGGGGUCUCUGCUGGGGAGCAGCAACAAACUGUGUCCGCUGGUUCUCAGGAGUGGACUCCACAAAAUGAAUCAACAGCGGUGGCAGACAAUGGCAUUGAUCACUGCAUCUACAAGGUCACUGUGGACUUCACCACAGAGAUCUUUGGCACCUUCAGACAAACCAUAGUUUUUGACUUUGGCUCAGAACCAGUGCUGAUGCAGCGAAUCAUGGUGGAUGCUGCCUCUAUUGAAGAUAUAGAACAUUUGAUGGCAGCCAGACAGCAGCUCUUGAUGACUACUAAACGUUGGGACUCUUCCUGUAAAACUCUUGUUGCAUUCACACCUAAUGAGACCAUGUGUGAUCUGGAGCGCAGUCUUCUUGCCCGCUAUCAAAUCCCACUGUCUGCUGACCAGCUUUUCACUCAGUCAGUUCUGGACAAGACUCUAACCAGAGAAAACUACCAGGCCCGGCUACAUGAUCUCCUCUAUAUAGAGGAGAUUGCACAAUGUAAAGAAGUGAGCAAGUUUAACAUCAAAGUGAACCUGCAGCUGGUAUCCAGCUUCAUGCUAACUGGCAUUUCAGUUGGAGCCAAGUAUGCCCAGAAUGGACAACUUUUUGCACGUUUCAAACUCACCAAAACACUGUCUGAGGAUACACUGGCAGGACGCCUAGUGAUGACCAAGGUGAAUUCAGUUCUUUUCCUGCCUUUGGGCUGGGAGGGCGUCAGCAGCCAGCCACCUCCGGGAGUCAGAGAGCGCGUCUACGAAGCUGUGAUUGAGGAAAAGACCAAGGAAUACAUCUUCCUCAGGAUCUGCAAAGACUGCUGUGAUGAACUUGGACUACUACCUGACAGGAAAAUCCAGGUGGAGCUCCAGUUCCAGCUAAACAGGCUUCCACUGUGUGAAAUGCAUUAUGCCCUGGAUCGCAUCAAGGAUAGUAAGGACAACAGCAUUCUUUUCCCUGAUGUAAGCCUUGUUCCAACCAUCCCUUGGAGCCCAAACAGGCAGUGGGAUGAACAGCUGGAUCCUCGUCUGAAUGCCAAGCAGAAAGAAGCCAUUCUCGCCAUCACCACCCCUCUGUCUAUCCCACUGCCCCCAGUCCUCAUCAUUGGACCCUAUGGUACUGGCAAGACGUUCACCCUGGCACAGGCUGUCAAACACAUUCUCCGCCAGGAAACCAGCAGGGUUCUAAUCUGCACCCACUCCAACAGUGCAGCUGACCUUUACAUUAAGGACUACCUUCAUCCUUAUGUUGAAGCAGGCAAUCCACAUGCCAGACCUCUCAGGGUAUACUUUCGCAACCGCUGGGUGAAGACGGUCCAUCCGGUGGUCCAGCAGUACUGUUUGAUCGCAAACACACAGGUCACUUUUAAAAUGCCCACAAGGGAUGAUAUCCUCAGGCAUCGUGUGGUUGUCGUUACCCUCAGCACUUCUCAGUACCUCUGCCAACUUGAUUUGGAGCCUGGCCUUUUCACUCACAUUUUGUUGGAUGAAGCUGCCCAGGCCAUGGAGUGUGAGACGAUCAUGCCAUUUGCCUUAGCUAGCAGUACAACCCGCAUUGUGUUGGCUGGAGACCAUAUGCAGCUAAGUCCAUUUGUGUACAGCGAGUUCGCCCGUGAACGAAACCUGCAUGUGUCCUUGUUGGACAGAUUGUACGAGCACUACCCAUCAGAAUUUCCAUGCCGCAUCCUUCUUUGCGAGAACUACCGCUCCCAUGAAGCUAUCAUCAACUACACAUCAGAGUUGUUUUAUGAUGGCAAGCUGAUGGCAAGUGGAAAGCAGCCCUCUCAUAAGGACUUCUAUCCUCUGACCUUCUUUACUGCUCGAGGAGAAGAUGUCCAGGAGAAGAACAGCACUGCCUACUACAAUAAUGCUGAAGUGUUUGAGAUUGUGGAGCGUGUAGAGGAGUUGCGCAAGAAGUGGCCAGUGGCUUGGGGAAAGCUGGAUGAGGGCAGCAUUGGAGUGGUUUCUCCUUAUUCGGACCAGGUCUUUCGCAUUCGUGCUGAGCUCCGAAAAAAGAGGAUGCAUGAGGUCAGCGUGGAAAGAGUCCUCAAUGUUCAAGGUAAACAAUUCCGAGUGCUGUUCCUAAGCACGGUGCGGACGCGGCAUACCUGCAAGCGCAAGCAAACAGCCAUCAAGAGGAAAGAGCAGCUUGUGGAGGACUCUACUGAGGACCUGGAUUAUGGAUUUCUCUCCAACUACAAACUGCUCAACACAGCCAUCACCAGAGCUCAGUCGCUGGUUGCGGUUGUGGGAGACCCAAUUGCACUGUGCUCUGUUGGGCGCUGCAGAAAGUUCUGGGAGCAUUUUGUUUCAAUUUGCCAUGAAAACUCAAGCCUCCAUGGCAUUACCUUUGAGCAGAUAAAGUCCCAAUUAGAGGCCCUGGAGCUAAAGAAGACCUAUGUUCUCAACCCUCUGGCUCCAGAAUUUAUUCCACGUGCCCUCAGGCCCCUACAAGGGCACCCGUCUUCACAGGCACUACAUACCCACCACCACCCUCAGCAUGUGCAGACCACAUCCACCAAGCAGGCACAGCAGAUACAGCAGCAGUCGCCUCCCAAGGGCAAACAUCCCAACCACACAGAGCACCUUCCACCUGAAGGAUAUGUUCAGCCCAACCCAGCUGUUCUAAUGGGAAACCCAAUCCAGGCAUUCACACCACCUGUAGGUGCCGCUCCAGCUGGCUUGGGCAAGUCGCCAAGUCCUGUUCAAAGGAUAGACCCUCACACAGGCGCGAGCAUCCUUUACGUUCCAGCAGUAUAUGGUGGAAACAUGGUCAUGCCAAUGCCCCUUCCUUUGCCUUGGCCAGGUUAUCAGAAUCGUUUUGCUGUGGACCCGCGCUUCAUGAGCCACCAGGCAGCUAUGGCAUACAACUUCAACCUCUUACAGGCCCAAAAUCGGGGCUCCCCUGUUCCAUGCAGUGGAGUGGUACAUCCGUCUCCUCUCGGAGUGGGCCAACAAAGUCCUGAUACAGAUCUACAGUCGGAUACAGUCAGAAAUGGUAAAUUAGAAGGAUGUACAAAAACGGAGCAGACACCAGAGCGAAAAAACACAGAAAUGAAGGAUAAACAGGGCGAUUUUGACGCUAGUCGAAGUCUUGAUUCACAGAAUGACGGAGUGGCUGGUUUCUCCAAUGUAACCCUCCACCGUAAGGAUUCUUCUCCUGCUCAGAGACCACUCAAUUAUCACCUGGCACCACCCAACCCUGCCUUCCCCACACAUCCUGCAAGUGGAAGAGCCCUCCCCCAUCAGUGUCCAGUCGCAAGGCUUCCUUAUCGGGUCAACCAGCCUCAACAUCCAGCAAUGAUCCAACAGAGUCAACAGCUCAGCCCUGCCUUCCCUACUGGUGGAGCCCACAGUGCAUCUUUCUUUGGUGGUCACGGUGCACCACCGAGGGCUAUCCAGUCUCCCACUUUAGAUGUUCCAGAAUCGGGAAGUGCAGAAGAGAUGGGUAGCUCCAUGAGAGCUCCAAAUGCCCAUUUGGCAGCUCACCACCCAAAUCUAUCACAACACAACAACAGAGUCAAUAGCUUUGGGGAGGAUGGUCAAGACACAAUGCAAGCAGAUGGUCUAGAUCUUCGGCGUCCUUUGGCUUUGGAGGUCCUGAACCAACAGCAGCAAGCUGCCAGGCUAGGCCAAUGGAAUGAAGCAACAGGCCCUUUCCUCCCUGGGGGUGUAGCCUUCCCUUUGCCCCAGCAAUUUGCCCCGCUAGCUCAGCCAGCUGUGACUCGCUUUCCCCAUCAGUUGGUCCGUGCAGGUAGCUGGGGCCUUGGUGCCAACAUGGAGGAUGAAAACGGUUCAUCUGCAUCAACUGGUCCACCUUUUAACAGGUACACGGGCCUCCUGAGAGAGAUCCCCAUGCAGGAGCCCCCUGAAACCAGGGAAGCAAGUGAAAUUCAACCCCCUCCACAAUCUCGCCUCCUCCAGUAUCGCCAGUCCCGUGCCUCAGGUGACCCUCCACCUUCUAUAACUGCCACUUCAAACCACACCACCCCAUUUCAACCUGGGACUUACCCCCAUGAAAGUGGACGCGAUCAACUAAACAACAACGUGAUCAACAACCCAGCUCUGCAACAGCAUCCUGUCGGGGGUCCCCUUUACAAUAGCGGUUGCUACCCGCAUCAGGCACCACCCCACUCUGCCAGCCCCCCUCCAUCCCAGGUCAAAUACCUUCUGCAAGAGGCCCAAUGGUCCCACAGUGGAGGUGCAUCUGGGAGCCCUCCACAGCAGAACCACCCCCUCAACAACCAGACCCAUAGCCUUCCAUACGGAGUGCCGAUCAUGGCUCAACCCAGCAGGCAGGAGCAAGUCCAUUUGAUGCAGCUUCACCAUCAUCAACAACAACAGCAGCAGCACCACCACAACCACCACCAUCAUCAUCAACAACAGCAAUCUCAAAGUCAUGGUCAAGACCAGGAGGCCUACCAUUCAUUGUCACCCAGAACAUCCACAGCCACUGCUUUGCACAGUGUAGAUGAGUAUGAACCCAGAGGUCCAGGUCGGCCCCUCUAUCAGCGGCGUAUAUCCUCCAGCUACCCAGAUCAAUCCUCCUCUCUUGCCAAUACCCACAAUGCAAUGUCCCAGCAGUCCCAGCCUUGUGCAGGAGAUAGGAAUCAGGACCACCCGCAUCCGCACAUACAACAGCAGCAACAACAUCAGCAUCCACAUCCCCCCUACGGCUACCCCUCACAUGAGCUCUGGCCCAGCAACGGUGGCGGUCCAGGUCCCUUCCAGAACAUUCCAUGUAAUGGAGGUGGGACCUUCGCACAUCAUCGGGACCUUCUAGCUUCCAAGGCCCUCCGUCAGAUGGAAGGGCAGGUGAAGGCGGAGUCUCCGGCAGCCCAGCAGACACCCCCCCACGCUCUCAACUCACUUCAGCACCUGGGACAGUUCCCUCCCCUCAUGCCCAACAAUAACAACAAGCAGCAGCAGCCAGCGCAGGCUCCCGUAGAGCCUGUUCAGGCAGCUGCAAAUCUAAACAAAGCACCCACUAUGUCCUACGCCAGCGCUCUCCGCGCGCCGCCCAAACCACGAGCCAUUCGCCCCGAGCAGGCCAAGAAGAACAGCGAUCCACUCUCGCUCUUACAGGAGCUCAGCAUUGGAAGUUCAAACGGUAGCAAUGGCUACUAUUCCUACUUCAAAUGA